AUGAAUGGGAAUCAGGGUUCUGCUGCGGCCUCGUCGGAGGCUGCUCAAAGGCAAGUUCGUGUACAGCUUCUCAGCAAGCAAGAGGAUAUCGCACUGCCUGAGAACACCGGUCCGAUUUUGGUGCCCACUGGCCUACGGAGAUAUGCGCUUUCGACGUUAGUGAACAACCUCCUCGGGUCCGCCAAGCCGAUCCCAUUUGAGUUCUUGAUCAACGGAUCAUUUCUCCGAACUUCGAUCGAUGAAUAUCUGACGGCCAAUGGCAUCUCCGCCGAAACUACUUUGGAAAUCGAAUAUGUGAGAGCGUUGAUUCCGCCUCUUCAUAUUGCGUCUUUCGAGCACGAUGAUUGGGUCAGCUCGGUCGAUGUGCUCUCUGCCACUUCGCCCGCAGCUUCUUGGGCGUCCGCCAAUAUUACUCCAGGCCAGGAGAGGAUUCUGUCUGGUAGCUACGAUGGUCUUCUACGAGUGUGGGAUAUGUCUUCGCAAAUCGUGGCAACCUCGCCGUCGCCGGCUGAUGGUGGCCAUACCGCAUCUAUCAAAGCCGCCAAGUUUAUCUCUCCCAACUCGAUCGUCUCAGCGGGACUUGAUCGUACGGUUCGUCUGUGGAAAUACACGCAAAGCGAGAACGGGUUUGAAGGACACAUCGCUCCCCAACUAGAGCUGUACGGGCACAAGCUUGGCAUCAACUCGCUAGCGGUCCACGCACCUUCGAACCGCAUCCUAUCCGCAUCGUCAGAUCACACCGUUGGUCUCUGGUCAACCAAGAAAUCCGAUGCUCCAGCUGCUCCGGAGAAUCUACUUCCAUCGGCCGUCGCCAAAAGCUCCAAACGAAGAAAGUUGAACUCGUCUGUGAGCGCCCCUCAGCGUGGACCUGUCGCCCUUCUCUCUUCCCACAGUGCACCAGUGUCAGCCGCUAUUUUCGAUGCUAAGGACUCUACCGUCGGAUACUCGACGUCUUGGGAUCAUUCUCUGCGCACAUGGGAUCUUGUCACUGCUGCUUUGGUGGAUACCCGGACGACAUCCCACUCCCUUCUUUCCCUCGAGCACCUCCCUGAACAUCACCUCCUCGCUACGGGUUCGUCGGCCCGCCACAUCACCCUCAUCGAUCCUCGAGCCUCCGCGACGACCAUCGCGGCUAUGACGCUGCGCGGCCACACCAACGCCGUCGUGUCGUUGGCUCGUGAUCCUAACAGCUCGUACGGUCUGAUCAGUGGUAGCCACGACGGCACGUGCCGCAUCUGGGAUAUCCGGUCAACCAAGACCGACAAGGACGGUGUUGUGGGAGAAAGCGUCUACUCGAUUGGUCGCAAGAGCUUGGAGGAGGGAGGCAAGGCCGAUGCCAAGCGCGUGGGCGGAGAAGGAGUCAAGGUCUUCGGCGUGUGUUGGGACAAGUCGGUGGGUAUUGUCAGUGCCGGUGAGGAUAAGAGGAUCCAAAUCAACCGUGGAGAGGGUGUAUUGUCUUCCACAUGA